AUGGAAAAGCUCGAGAAGAAGAGGAAAAGAAUCCAGGAGGAAGAGCCGGAUUCUGGCAACGUCGGUCGGACCAAACGGUGGGUUCGACAAAGGUUCCUCGGCGCAGGACAAUUCGGUACGGUUUUCUUGGCUAGUCCGGCCAAACCAGGUUCCAAACUGCCGCCGGUUAUGGCCGUGAAGUCGGCGAUGCUCUCGGAAUCUGCCGACUUGGUUAAAGAAAGUCGACUUCUCAAGAAAUUCAAGAACUGCCCUUUUAUCCUUGACACUUACGGCAGCGAUGUGACUAAAGAUGUUGAAGGUGAGGAGUUGUUCAACGUUUUCUUGGAGUAUGCUCAAAGAGGAACCGUAGAGGAUUGGAUUCAGAAACUCAAGAAUUUCGGGUUGCAUGAGCUGCACGUAAGGAGGUAUACACAGUCACUGUUGAAGGGGCUCAAGUACAUUCAUGGAAAGGGUUUUGUGCACUGUGACAUUAAGCCUGCCAAUGUAUUGCUAGUGCGUGACGGUCCUGAUGAUACCGGGUUUGGAUCUUACGUGGCGAAAAUCGGGGAUUUAGGGCUGGCAAAGAGGGCUGACAAGUACAAUGUGAUGAAGCGUUCUGAUUAUAUAAAUGGCACUGAGUUGUAUAUGUCUCCAGAAGUAUCGCUUCACAACAUUCAGGAGCCGCCGGCCGACAUUUGGGCAUUAGGCUGCACUGUUCUGCAGAUGUUAACGGGGAUGGAGUUUUGGGAUGUGAACGCUGACUUAAGAGAUGGCUGGGGGGUUCCGAUUGAGAUUCCGAUUAUCCCUGAAAGGCUAAGCAAUGAGGCUAAGGAUUUCUUGGGGAAGUGCUUCAUAUUGGACCCUUUGGAGAGGUACACGGCUGAGAUGCUUUUGAAGCACCCUUUUGUGUGCAACAGCUUGCGAAUAUGGACAGUCUCGUCUGGUGAAUUGGUUCCAAGAAGCCGAGUUUGCCAAGGACCAGCUGCAAUUCCUCUAAUGGGUGCGGCAUAA